CUUUCUGUUUGUAUUUCAAUAAUUCAAUAUGAAAAUAUUGCUGAUUGUAAAAAUAAUAGUUUUGAUGGCUGCCAUGGAGGCGAGCGGUCAGUUAUCCUCGACCCCGCCCGUCGUUAUCUGGGGCGCUAAGUUACCGGAGCCUAGCAGCAUCUUCAAAACAAUCAAGUCGAAGUUGCUCGCUGAUCGUCUGCGCCCGUUGCUUCAGGAUCACAUGUUGAUUGCUUACUUUGCACCGUUGUUGACCGCAAAGGAUCUGAGCUGCCUGGAAUCGGAUUCUUUUGCCUAUUUGCGUAAAGAAGAGCCACGUACCUACUACAACAAGGUGCACGAUCCUCUCCUGGCGUUAGAAACUCUCUUGGCCUUACACAAGCAGCCACUGGUUUGGAGUCGAAGAGACAAAAUGUUGCAGCUGCCUUGCAAGAAGGGUCACAUAUAUGCCUACAAUUUCAACUCCCAAAAUCUAAGCGAACAUGAUAAGUUUAUGGAGUCAGUGGUGUCUGAUCUAACGGCCUGUCAGCUUGUCCAGCUCUAUACAGCACAUGGGGAGCAGACGGAGGAGUUAGCACGACGUUUGCGUCGAAUAGAUCGCUUAGCGAUGAGAAGACAACUAGCCGAGGAGGCAGCUGAAAACCUGCAAAUGAGAUCGGGCUUCAGCUUCAGUGGACGAAACGCGAAUCCUGAGAACCGGAAUCAAAGUGUAGUCAUACUUCGGCAUCCUCAGGCCAUCGUUGGCUUGAGUAUGAUCGUUAAUGCCCUGGAGAUACGCGUCGGCCUUUCCGUCUACUACGAACGGGAAUACAUUUACAUGAGUGAGCAGGACUCUUCGCUCGAAGUUAAAAUGAAUGAUGAUUCGGAUAUAAAAAAAGGCGUCGCCCUAAUCAUUAGCACUCCAAAAGAAAAUCUUCACAUAAUACUCUCGAACGUUGUCGGCAACUGGCGCCUAAAAAAGCUGGACUUCAUGAAUGUAACGUAUAGGCCCAGAGAUCUUAUAUUCUAUAGCACACAAUUUAGCUUCUGUUGCCAGUCCCUCAACGCCUAUUCGAAAAUGGGAGGACGCAUCAGCAUGCAUUCAUUCAGCAUGGAUGUCAUAUUAGCUGACAACAUUUCGGCGCUGGAUCCCGACUAUAUAACCAAGCCCUGCUGGUCUUGCGAGUCAUAUCUAACACCUGGCCUUACGCAAGCCAUCUUCACGGUGACUAUAUUGGUAAUAAUUUUUGGCGUGGGCAUAUCCUUGUUCUUCAAUAUGGGACUCAAUUAUCGAUUGCCGCACGGUAACGAGCCGGAUCCAUUUAUAAAGUUCCAUUGAACAUAACCAAACAUUUUAAUUUAUGAAAAUAAAUU